AGGAGCGUCCUUCAGAAGUAAAUAAACUGCGGCUGUGAGUUCAUGUGUCAGGUUGCUGCAGGAGGAGCAGAGAGGAAAAACCGCAGGGAAACAUGGAGACGGAGAGCCGCGAGACGGGGAGAGCUGAGAAGAGCUCAGCAGGCAGCGGCCAACAGGAAUCAGCAGGAGGACUGUGGGAUUCUGUGAAGAAGGCUGCUUUUGUCAUCGGAUCUGGAAUCCUGUUCCUGGCUGCUUUUGGAAACUCACUGACCUGGCAUCUUCAGAGAUUCUGGGGAGCUUCAGGAGAUUUCUGGCAGAAUUUGUGGACGAAGGUUUACCUGCAGUUUGAAGGUCAUGAUGCUGCUUUGUUCUUCUUAGGAACCAUGCUGGCCCCGACCUUGAUGUUCUGGUUGCUGAACGGCCUGCUGCUGCUGGUGGACACGUCUGGGAAACCGUCCUUCAUCACCCGGUACCGGAUCCAGGAGGGCAGGAACGAUCCGGUGGACCCGGCCAAGCUGCGGCAGGCGGUUCGGACCGUCCUGUUCAACCAGGUGAUGAUCUCCGGGCCCAUGGUGGUUCUGGUCUACCUGCUGGCCAGCCGGACCGGCCGGCCCUGCGGCCCGGAGCUGCCCACCUUCCACCGCGGCCUGAUGGAGCUCGCCGUGUUCUCCAUGCUGGAGGAGAUCCUGUUCUACUACUCACACAGGUUGUUCCACCAUCCCAGCCUCUACAAGCAUUUCCACAAGCAGCACCAUGAGUGGACCGCUCCCAUCGGUGUCAUCUCCAUCUACGCUCAUCCUCUGGAGCAUGUGAUCUCCAACAUGCUGCCAGUGGUGAUCGGACCCGUCCUGCUGGGGUCCCACAUCACCACCACCAGUGUGUGGUACUGCCUGGCUCUGGUCAGCACCACCAUCUCCCACUGCGGGUACCACCUGCCCUUCCUGCCUUCGCCCGAGUUCCACGACUUCCACCACCUGCGGUUCAACCAGUGCUUCGGCGUGUUCGGCGUUCUGGACCGGCUGCACGGCACCGACUCCCGGUUCCGGCAGACGAAGCAGUACGAGCGGCACACCUUGCUCACCAGCCUGACCCCGCUCACCCACAGCAUCCCCGAAACCCCCAAGAAGGGCCAGUGAUGACCUCUGACCUCCCCACUCAGCGGUCCCGGUCAUUGUGGGAGCCUUAACCUUUGAUUUGUUAGCAUGUUAAUUAUUUGAUAAAGGAAAUGUUGACCAUC